UGGUAACGUCUCUUUUAUAUGCGGUGUUUCUUUUUAAAAAAAAAACAAGGUUUGAGUGGGUCAGGUUCAUGUCACCAGCAGGAAACCGAAAGACGUUGAAUUUAUGAACUACAUUUCCCAUCAGGCGGUAAGAAAACUAGAAAAGGUGGGAGGAGAAUAGAAAGAAAGCUGUACCUGUUCAUGCAGGGCCAAAGUUCUCAAAACUCUAGAAUAUCAUGGCUUUCACCAAUGCAGAGAUGGAUGAUGCGUUUGACUACCUGUUCAAGAUCAUUCUGAUUGGAGACUCAAAUGUAGGGAAAACAUGUGUGGUCCAUCGCUUCAAGUCUGGACAAUACCAUACCAAGCAGCAAAACACUAUUGGGGUUGACUUUACAGUGCGUUCCCUGGAAAUUGAUGGCAAGAAGGUGAAGAUACAAGUGUGGGAUACGGCAGGCCAAGAACGCUUCCGGACAAUAACUCAAAGUUAUUAUCGCAGUGCCCAUGGUGCUAUUCUUGCCUAUGAUAUAACCAAAAGAUCUACAUUUGAGUCUAUUCCUCAUUGGAUUUAUGAAAUUGAAAAAUAUGGUGCAGCAAACUUGGUCUUAAUGUUGAUUGGGAACAAAUCAGAUGAAUCAGAGAAACGGCAAGUCCUGUUUGAAGACGCUUGCACAUUGGCAGAGAAACACGGUCUUCUGGCUGUACUGGAGACCUCAGCCAAGGAGGCCCAAAAUAUUGAUGAGGUUUUUAUCUUGAUGGCUAAGGAACUGAUGGCUAGGAACACCUUACAACUUCAUGGGGAGAAUGGAUCUUCACACUACAUCCAUCUGGAUUCUAGGCCAGUGAUGGUUUCACAGACUGAGACAUCCAGCUGCUCAUGUUGAUCAAAAGCUACAUAGCCCAACACUCUCUUCCAUUAUAAGAAUUUCCACGUGUAACUCCACUGUAUCAUCCUGACGCCAUGCCAUCGUUGCUGAACGUUGUUCUUUGGAAAUAGGCGGCUUCUUGUUUCCACUAAUCAGCAACAAACACUGGAUGAAGGACUUUUUCUGGCAGAUAUGAGUUGAUACAGAGAAGAUUGUGAAUAUUUCUGAUAAGCCACUUUCUAUCAGUCCUUGGCUGCCUUUCCCUGGUGGCUAUGAUAAAAUAAGGUUGGGUUUCUUGUACUUAUAUAAAAUUGAGCAAUUGAGUCAAAUUAUUGUGAGUAAAUACUCAAUCUUUUUUUUUUAAGAAAUAGAAAUCUAAGCAAGUACAAAAAAAGUUCUGCAGGGUUUUCUGCCUAUCUAAGAAAUGCCUCUGUCUAGUCAGUUUCCUAUCUCGGAUUACUAUAAUAAUGUCUGUUUAAAUUGAAGUUUAACAAGGUAAUCUUAUUUAGUGUGUAUUUUGGCUUCCUUAACUGUUUGACUUUGUGCAGCCCACAGAUUACCAGGGAAUGAUUGUGAUGGUCAAGUGAUAUACCUAAAGGUGCAUGGAGAAUAUCCUGGAGUGAAAUUAAAUGUUGAUUUCAGUUAUGUCAUUUUUUUUCUAGCAUGUGUAACAACUACUUAAGAGAUGGUUUCACAAAACCAAGACUUAUACAGACCAGUAGUUGGUUUCAAUUUAGUUUGCUACGGGUUCGCUCGUGCGCAUGUGAUGCUUCUGCAUAUGUGCAGAAGCGUCCAGGUAGGUGAGCGGAACCUCCCACCGCCGCCACUACUGGUUUGCCCAAUUCAGGGCGAACCGGUAGCAACCCACCACUGAUACAGACCAUUCCAGAAAUAUACUGAAACUACAAGCACUAAAGUGCGUUUUUAAUCAGUUACCAUAAAUAUGAUAAACUAUAUACGGUACUGUAGCUUUUUUUUAAAUAAUAGCACUUAGCAGCUUUUAAUAUUUAUCAUAAUUUAUUGCUAGUAAGUUUUCAGUAAGUCAAAAGUCAAUAUAGCAACAUUUCAAGAUUACUGGAAGGCAUUUGUCAAUGUUCAGCAUCAUAAUAGCUUAGUGGUAAAUUUUUUACUACUUGAUUAUGGGCAGGCUGAUGUCACUGACCAUGGUAUUAAUAAUCAAAGAACUGAGUUCUCUUUUUUAGGUAUUUGUGAUUCCUUUGUCUUGGCCAAGCAAGGCAUUUUUAAAGAAAUAAUUCCAAGUUUAUUUCUUAAGGUAGAGAGAGUCUGUGAGUUUUCUGUUUUCAUUAAGUGCUUUUUGUGCUUGCCAACUUGAUAAAAAGACAUUGGGGGAAGAAAUGAAAUAAUCACUAAAUUGGCUCUCCAGAUACACUAGGCAUUCUGGGACUUGUAGUCCCAAUGCAUCUGGAAAGUAUGGGUUUGGGGAAGACCUGCCUCAGUACAGUGUUGGUUUAUCUUUAAUCUUUGUUUUAAAGUCAAAUUCCUCAGAUUUACAUUUUUAUAAUAUAAGAAAAUUUGGUAUAUAUUUAUUGAUGUUUUAUUUCCUAUUAUCCACGCCCAAGAGUUUGUUGCUGAAUUGCCUAAUUUUAAAGGGAAAGGUUGAUUCUCUAACUAGCACUGAAUAACUACUACUGAUAUAUAUUUAAAAGCCUUUCCUUUUUACAUAAUUUUAAGGUAAAAUGAAGAGUCUAAUAAAUAAGGGGAUUUUUCCAUUAUUGCUGAAAUAAUGUAUCAUUAUGGAAAUAAACUAGACAGAAUGAAAUUUAACAUUUGUUUUAAAAAAACCAACAUGGAUCAGAUACUCAAAUACAUGGUAUUUGUGUGGAUUUACUCAUUAUGCUAAGUGAUAGCUUUUAUUGCAUGAUUUGUUAAAAUAAGACAUAAUUGAGUGGGCUAUUAAAUGAGCUAAACAAAAAUAUAAUUGGC